AUGAAAAUACUCGCUUCUGCAUCGGAUUCUGGUUCCUUGAAGGAAAUCGUUUGUCCUAGGGGAACAGAUACUUCCAUACAGACUGCUCCUCAACCUAUAUCAAUCACUACCUAUUGUAAAGAGACUAGAUCUACUAGAAUACUUCAGUUUAUCCUAUAUGAAACCAAAUAUCUCAUAGCUACAAGGGCUGGAGGAUCGAUUUGUGUCUAUGAUCUUUUGGAUAGUUACAAACUAGUUCAUAGAUUCUUGGGAUUUGGCCAGAAUUCCACAGACUUGUUUGUAUCACUUUUCGUCAAUCCUUUGGACAAAUUAUGCUACUCGUGUACUCUAUCUGGCCAAGUUUUUGUCAUAGAUCCGGCUGAUUUGGACAAGGAGGCAGUUAAGUUGCAACUUCCACCUUCCAAUAGUGUCGAAUGUUUUGUGUGUGAUUCCAUUAGACCAGAUAUCUUUGCCUAUGGAGGAAAAGAAAAUGAUCUCAAAGUAGUGAAGCUUGAGAAGGAUCAGUUUCAGCUUGUUUUCAAAGCUAGAAACGUUCCAGACAAUCGUUUGGACCUUAGAGAACCUGUUUGGGUGAAGAAAAUAGAGUUUCUGUCCGAGGAUUCUGAUAACCCAGACACUUAUAAGCUUAUUAUAGUCACUGGAUAUGGUCAAAUUAGAUACUAUGAUUCCUCUGAAUCCAGAAGACCUUCUUUUAACUUCAAAGUUUUACCUGAUGCGUUAAUCACUCUAAAGAAAGUGAAAGGUGAACCUUCCCAUAUAAUUUGCUCCGAUAUAAAGACUACCACGGCCAAGUUCGAUUACAAAACUGGUCUAAUGCAGGGUAAAUUUCACGGUACAGUUGGUUGUACCCAAGCUCUUGAUAUUUUUGAGCCUACCAAAUUACUUGCAACUGGGGGGUUGGACAGAUAUGUGAGAUGCUUUGAUAUUGCAAGUCGUAAAUGCUUCGUUAAAGUGUAUGUGGGUACACACAUAAGUGAUGUGAUGGUGUUGGAGGAUAAUUGGAGAGAACAGAGAGAAUUGAAGAAGAAGAAGAAAGAAAGAAGCAAGAAGACGAAAUCCGAAUCCGAAGAAGGAGAAGAAGAUGGUGAAUCUGAUAGCGAUGCCGAUGACUUGUGGAGUAAGUUGGAAGAGAAUCUCCUUAAAGCUAGAAAGAAAAGAAAAUUGCGUUAG